GAUCUGAACAAACAAGCAAAAGCGUCCUUGGCAAUUUGACAAGCAAAUGGGCACAAAUCACUGGGAAAUUGCUAUUUCUUAUCCUGGCGACAAACAUAUUCAUGGUUAAUUCAAAGUAAAGAGAAUUGAAUGGUCAUGUUUGUUUAUCUUAGCAAGAAAAUUGCUAUCCCCAACAAUACAAAAUUAAAAUGUAUUGGAUGGAAUCGAGAACAUGGCUACAUUGCAUGUGGUGGUGAUGAUGGUCUGCUAAAAGUACUAAAAUUGGAAACUCAAUCAGGUACAGACCAGAAAGUAAAGGGACUUGCUGCUCCAAGCAACCUCUCAAUGAAUCAAACACUAGAAGGCCACUCAGGUGCAGUGCAAGUGGCAACCUGGAAUGAACACUUUCACAAGUUAACAACAAGUGAUCAAGGAGGGCUGAUCAUAGUUUGGAUACUUUAUAAAGGUGCAUGGUACGAAGAAAUGAUUAACAAUCGAAAUAAAAGUAUUGUGUGUGACAUGAAAUGGAAUUCUGAUGGACAGAAAAUUUGUAUUGCGUAUGAGGACGGUGCUGUAAUAAUGGGUUCUGUUGAUGGCAAUAGAAUUUGGGGAAAGGAAAUGAAAAAUCUGCAGUUAAGCAAAGUUGAGUGGUCACCUGAUGGAAAAAUCAUUUUACUUGGUAUUGCAAAUGGAGAAGUACAAGUCUUUGAUAACAUGGGAAACCCUAUUGGAGGAGUAACUUUGUAUUGUCUGGAGGAAGUUACUGGUGCAUAUAAAAUUGCUGGGUUAGAGUGGUAUAAUGGCAGAUUUGGAUAUAUGGAACCUAAUUGCCCCUGCCUGGCAGUAUGUUUUGAUAAUGGGCUAUGUCAAAUUAUGCGUAAUGAAUUUGAUGAAGCACCAGUACUAAUGAAUACAUUCAUGAAGAUUGCAUCAGUGAAAUGGAGUCAUAAUGGGUCAGUGUUAGCCAUUGCUGGCGCACAAAAAAUUUCUGGUCAAGAUAAAGAAAUAAACUGUGUGCAGUUUUAUAAUCCAUUGGGGGAGCAUUUACGUACACUCAAAGUACCCGGGAAAGAAAUAAAUUCUCUGUCAUGGGAAGGUGGAAGUUUGCGUAUUGCUUUGGCUGUGGAUUCAUUUAUUUAUUUUGCAAACAUCCGUCCUGAUUACAAGUGGGGCUACUUUGCAAAUACGUUAGUGUAUGCAUUUACAAAACCUGAUAGACAAGAAUGGUGUGUUGUAUUCUGGGAUACUAAGGGAAACGAGCGCUAUGUGAAGUAUGUACGUAACUUAGUCAGUAUCACGGCUUGCGCUGAACAUUGUGUUUUAGUCACCAAGGCUGACGAUGUUAACGUCCAGUAUGUUUUGGUGUUGUGUAAUGCAAUCGGAACUCCACUUGAUUCCAGAUAUAUUGAUAUAGAUCCUUUGUUUGUUGCCAUGACAGCAGGUCAUGUAGUGGCUGCAUCAAAAGAAGCAUUCUACACAUGGCACUACAAAACAACAAAAAAAUUUAACUCCAUUGAAAUGAACCAAACCAUCCAAAGAAAAAGAGAUGGAACAGAAAAAAUGUUUCAUAUCGAUGAUGUACCAUCAGGUGCUGGUGAGGGUAUUCUGGACCCAAAGAAAGCUAAAGCUCCCACACAAGAUCCAAUAUGUUGCAUUUGUGGUUCCGAAAAAAUGGUGAUUGUGGGACGUGAAUCUGGCACCAUACAUAAAUAUUCAUUACCGAGACUGGCUCUUGAAAAUAAAUAUGUUUUGAAUUGUCGACCAUAUCAGAUAGCUUUAAAUAGUACCUCUGUAAAAUUGGCCAUCAUUGAUAUUAUGGGAAUUUUAACAUUUUUUGAUUUUGAAGCAAAGAAAGUUGAUAUAAAAACUGGUCAAGAAGAAACUGGAGAGCAUUUAAGAUUUGAACGUAAAGAUGUUUGGGAUAUGAAAUGGGCAGAUGACAACCCUGAGCUAUUUUCUAUGAUGGAGAAAACAAGAAUGUAUAUCUUCAGAAGCCUUGAGCCAGAGGAACCUAUACUGUCAUCUGGUUACAUAUGUCAGUUCAGUGAUCUUCAAAUCAAAUCUGUCUUACUGGAUGAGAUAAUGAAAGAUCCUGAUAAUCCCACAAGAGAGAAUGUUAUUGAUAUGGAAACUAAGUCACUGCGUGAUAGUCGUGACUUACUCGAAAAAGUUGGUAUUGAUGAUGCAUAUCAGUUUAUUGUUGAUAAUCCACACCCAAGAUUGUGGCGUCUCCUCGCAGAGUGUGCUUUGGAGCGCUUAGACUUAGAGGUAGCAGAAAAGGCUUUCGUGCAAUGUAAAGAUUAUCAAGGCAUCAAGUUUGUGAAACGUCUGGCUAAGUUAGAUAGUGAGAUGAUCAAGACAGCAGAAGUUGCAGCUUAUUUUCAGCGAUUUGAUGAAGCUGAAAAACUAUAUCUUGACAUGGACAGAUGGGAUUUAGCGGUUGAUUUGCGUAUGAAGCUUGGUGACUGGUUUCGUGUUGUCCAAUUGGUUAAGUGGGGUGGUGGUGGGGAUGACAACUUACUUGAGAAAGCCUGGAACGCGAUAGGAGAUUAUUACUGCGACCGACAAAAAUGGGCCAAUGCUAUUCAGUACUACGUGGAAGGUCGAAAUGAUGAAAGAAUUGCUGAAUGCUACUACAUGCUUGAGGAUUAUCAAGGACUGGAGAAGUUCACUGAACAGCUACCUGAUAAUCAUCAUCUGUUAAAGUCCAUCGGAGAGAUGUUUUCAUCUGUCGGACUUUGUGAACAAGCUAUAACCGCGUUUGUCAAAACUAAUCAAGUGAAGCAGGCGAUUGAUACGUGCGUUACGUUAAAUCAAUGGGAUUUAGCUGUUAAACUGGCUAAAGAGCAUAAACACUACGAAAUCAACAGUUUACUUGCAAAAUAUGCUGCUCACUUGUUAGAGAAGAAUAAACUAUUAGAAGCGAUCGAGUUGUAUCGGAAAGCAAAUCAUUUCGUUGAUGCAGCAAAACUUUUGUUUCAACUUGCUGAUCAAGUGGCGAAGUCAAGAGUGAAUCCGAUGCGAGCGAAGAAGUUGUAUGUUUUGGGUGGUCGGCUGAUUGAAAACUAUCAUGAAUUAGUUAAAGAAAACGCCUCUGCUGAUAAAAACUCUACGAAGAAGAGUGAAACAUCAUCUGCGUUGGCUGGUUUGUUGCAAGAGGAUUACACUUCUUCUGGAGACUCCCUCGUGAUUGAUAAUGCGUGGAGGGGCGCCGAGGCGUUCCACUUCUACUUGUUGGCGCAGCGACAAUUAUACGAUGGACGACCAGACGCAGCUCUUAGAACGGCCAUGAGACUUCGUGAAUAUGACGAUAUUAUCGAUCCAGUGGAUGCGCAUUCGUUGCUUGCUUUAGUAGCAUGUGCAAAUAAAGCAUUUGGUGUAUGUUCAAAGUCAUUCAUAAAGUUGGAGUCCGUUGAAGGUAUGUCAGAAGAUAUACGCGAACGAUAUGAGGAACUUGCAUUGGAAAUCUUUACUAGACACGGUCCGAAAGACGGCCAUGCAAGUUUAGUUGAAUGUACUGGAUGUGGGUCAAAUAUUCCAUACUGGUGUACUUCAUGCCCAAGUUGUGACACAAAGUUUAGUGCAUGUAUUGUCAGUGGUCGCCCGCUGCUGGAGUACCAAUUUUGGAUGUGCCGUGUAUGCAAGCACAGGGCAUAUGAGGAAGAGAUCAGUAGUUACAACGCUUGCCCGUUGUGUCAUACGAAUUUAUAGUAAAAACCGACUCAAAUAACUUCAUUUAAGUGCUGCAUUUGUGAUAACCCAAACAACGGUUAACUGUUUCACGCGGUGCCUGAAAUAAUCGAUAAUAGGUCUUUAUGAAAAUCCGCAGUUAAGACCUGGUUCAAAUUUUGCGACGCAAAAUCAAGCGACACACGCAUGCGUAUAGUUGAUUUUAAAUAUCUGACGCAAACGAAAGCGCAAGAAGUACACAUGAUAAAAUCAAGACGCAAGAAAACGCAGAAUGAGUUAAGGAAAGAAAAAGCGUUACAGAAAAAUAGAAUUCAAUUUACUAAACUGUAUAUGGUUGAUCGACCGUAAACAUAAGCAGAACUGGUUCAUUAUUUUUUUUAUCACUACAGAACGAGACAUUUUCGGAAUUUGUCUGCCAGCCUUUUAUCAAAAGAUUCCGUUUUACACUACUUCUGUGAUUUUUGUUUUUAUUAUGAGAGUCAUGCGUUUCUUAUUGCAUCUGCGUUUACUAACGUUUUCUAGUUCACACUAUGGGAAACUAUUCUGAAAAUGUAAAUGAAUACGCAAACUUUUUGAUAUCUUGCAUUGAGCGUAUGCUUGAGUCAAAAGUAUACGCAUAAUUUUUUCUUGCGUUUGUAUACACUGGUGUUUUCGUUUACGUCACAAAUGUGAACCAGCCUUAACUUUAGCUUAUCGGUUAGCUAUUUAAGAAAAGGAUUUCUUUAACUUGUCUACAUAUUUUGUGGCUUUGUUUUCUUUUUAUUGCUCUAAGUGGAGUUGAAUGUAACUCUGCAACUUUGUCUUCUCUUUUCGAGGUAGCUGCAUUAACUAAAUCGUAAUUUUAACUGAUGAAUUAACUCUGCUUUAAAAUGUCACGUUAAUAAUUCUCUUAGUAUACACUUUUCGUUGUGUGCUUUUUACACAAAGAAUUUUAUUUAAAUUGGGUUUUUAUCUAGAAAUAAAUUGUUGUAUAUAGAUACCAACUUUAUUAAUUUAUUUUUACGCUACCAUUUUGGUUUCGUGUAAACUUUAUUGUACCAUUUUAGUUUCGUGUAAACAUUGUUAUUGUAAGGUUAAUUUCUUGUAAAUAUGAUUUUAAUUAUGUGAAACAUGGA